AUGGCGAGAGUCCCUGCCGCAGUAUUUUGCCUUCUGGGAAGUUUGGCAGUGGUUUCUGCCCAGAGCGCUUUCGGAUUUCCGGGGCACAGGUAUCCAUUUUCUGGCUUCGAUCCCUGGGUGAACGCCAGAAGUUACGAUCGCUAUGCUCAUGCGUUUGAGGAGCCAUUCCUACCACCAUGCCCCAAGUACCGUCCGAUGGAACUUAGCGAAUGGCAGGAAGUUGUGACACCUUCCGGAGGUGCCUAUCAAAUGCAUGCUGAACUUCCAUGGGUUCGACCUAGUGACCGACGAGCCCAAAUUUCGCCAGAUGGAUUGUCCAUUGACAUCCUGGGGCUGCGACAGGUCCCAGCCCGCGGACGCAUGCGAGCACCUGAAUGCCUACCACGUGGAGCGAAACUUAGUCGAGACGGAAGGUUCGAGAUCCUUGAAGCUUCAGUCCCAGUACCUCCUGGAGAUGUCUCCCUGGCCACCGUGCAGCGAACUCGACACGGUCUGGACAUCACUGUCCCUCUCCGUCAUCUGCGCCUGAAUAGAGUGACACCGAAGACAGGAGAUCAAAAAGAUCAAAAAGAUCAAAAAGAUCAAAAAGAUCAAAGCGUCGAUCAAAGCGUCGAUCAAGGCGUCGAUCAAAGCGGCCACGGCGCCCACGGCGUCCAUCGAGGUCAACCGGACCAAAACGAUGCAGCGAUGCCACGACCGAAGCAUUGGGCGGAGUCCAGAGCCACCUCAGAGGUGCCCAACGAGUCCAAGGUCUCGCUGCCACCCUCAGAUGGCAUCGAAAUAGUUGAAGAGGAGUACGAGUACCCUGAGAAGGAUGCUGACGCGUCAGAAGGCUGGGUAGACAUCCGGGAGCCUGACUAUGCGCCGCCGCAUGUACAGAACAGGAUCAAGCAGGUCAGCCGGAUGGAGGUGAGACUCUUCACCUCCAAGAAAGACCUUUGUGACAAGGAUGUAGACGGCGAGUCGGCAUCCUCCAACGAAUGGCUUCAGGAUUCAUCAAGCUUGUGGUGCUCUGAUGCAAUUAGACCGAUGAUUCACGGAGCUUGCGAGGGUAUGAAACAUGCCUACAUCAUGGGUAUCCUGUUACUUCUCUUCAUAAUUGCGAACUUCAUCAUGCAGGGAGUUGGCCUGUUCCUCAUAAAGGAAUAUUUGAAAAAACCCAAGAAGCAGUAUCGUGAGGUAGCCUUUUUCCUCGACCUCAUCGGCGGAGUUUUGAUGCUUGUGUCGGUGAUCCUGUACUGGCCAAUCACUAUCCUUCAGUUGGACAGCAUGCAGGUCUUAGCAAAUGCUGGGGGUCUCUUCGGUCUGUCAGACAGUGUUGGCACAUCCUGGGGCUACAUCUUCAUGUAUUUCUUUAUAAUCAUUCAGGCAGUUUCGAUUGUACUUCUUGCAAAUGGCUCCAACUCUGCUGAGGCUAGAGAAAUGGAGCUUCGCGAGCACAAGAAAUUCCUUCGAGAGCAGGAGCUUUUCCACCAUGUUGAGAUGACGGCUUCCAACUACGGAGGAAAUGUCGGGGUAUCUGCCCCACCAAAUCAUUGGGGUCAGGGAGUGCAAGAACAGACUUGGGGCGCUCCUCAAGCCGGUCCUCAGACAAAUCAGGCCUACCCCAAUUAUGGCUACGGAGGGCAGCAGCCGCCGCCAAUGCCCGCCAGCCAAUCAAAUAUGCCACCUCACAUGGCGAGCGCUCCUCCCAUGCAGCAACCUGGAGGUCCUGCCCCUUACUUUUGAUCAAAAGGCUGAGCCUCAAAUUGAUCUGUCCUGAGACCAAAGAAGUCAACAUUGAUUAAGUCACGGAGUUGUUGCAGACACCUCGUCUGAACGACAAGCUCGAGCAUGGCAAAGGCUCUCCAUUGUUGUGC